UUUUUUGUUCAUAUGUGCAUGUUUUAAAAACGCUUUAAAAUGCCACAACUCUAUCUCUCCACAUUAUGUACAUUACAUACAAACUUUUGUAGUUGCAUAAUAUCAGUGGGACUAAGUAAAACAAAAAUAAUGUUAUUGAGCCUUAACUCUUGGUUGCCAUGCGGAUAUGGUACUGUCGGUGAAAUGUUGGCUUAGUUUUUUUUUUAGUUAGUUAUCAAUCCCAUGGAAACAACAUCACUAUAAUGAUGAAUUUCAUUUUCUAAUUUAUUAACUUAUUGGAAUCAUUGGAUAGUGGGUAUUUUCAUUCGAAGAUAGAUUAGAUAACUCGACAUGAGAUAACACCAUUUGCAAACGACUAAGUGAAUACGAAAGGACCUUGGUUGAAUAUUUUGUCAGUAGAGGUGGAAGAAUGGGUAUGUUGGGUGUUGCAUUGGCUAGUAUGUUGUUAGGCCUAGUGGCUGGACAUGGUCGUCUCAUAGAUCCUGCUGCAAGAAAUUCUAUGUGGAGAUAUGGUUUCAGCAACCCACCAAACUAUAAUGACAAUGAGUUAUUUUGCGGAGGCUUCCAGAACCAGAAAACCUUAGGAGGAAAAUGUGGAGUAUGCGGCGACCCCUACCAAGGUCCAAGACCACACGAGGCAGGGGGCAAGUAUGCAAAUGGGAUCAGUGCUAAGACCUACAAACAAGGACAGGUUGCAGAGGUCAAGGUUGAACUAACAACUGGCCACUUGGGUUGGAUGGAAUUUAGGUUAUGCAAAUGGGACAAUCCCACUAAAGUAAUCACUAAGGAUUGUCUUGAUAAGAAUGUACUACAGCUAGCCGAUGGUUCAGGCACCAGGGUCCCUAUCGAUAACACAAAGAGGUUCAUCACUGCCAGGUUGCAACUUCCCAAACAUAUCACAUGUACACAAUGUGUUAUGCAAUGGUACUAUCAUGCAGGGAACAAUUGGGGCUGUGAGAGUAAUGGUCGGUGUUGUAAAGGAUGUGGGCCACAAGAGGAGUUCAAAAACUGUGCCGAUAUAGCCAUUGUGGGGGACAGCUCAGUAACACAGGACCCCGAGGUGGCCACUAGAACAGAAAGUAGCACAACUGCAAAAGCGAGCACAAAGGCGAAAGUGAGCACAACUACCCCACCUACAGCUAAGCCAACUAGGCCUACACCAAUAGUGAGCACUACCCCCAUAGUAAGACCAUCACCCCGUACUGGGUGUAGGGCAGCUGAGGGGCCCUUCAGGAACCAACCAGGUCUAGAUAAGUAUUGUGAGAUAAACUGUGCCAGAGGACACUGCCCUGCAACUCACUGUGUUUGCUAGAGGACACUUUAUUUGAGGAUAUUAAGCUGAUUUAAGGUGAACAGAGGGGGAUCAGAGUCCCCAUAAAUUACCACAUAAAUUGAAAUAUUGAUGCCAGUUAAGAAAAUUACAUGAAGGCAUUGGUCGUUAACAAUGUUUUGUCUUCAGAUGUGCUGACAGAACACCAUGAAAUAAGUACACCUUUGAUGUUACUACUAUUAUAAUUUUUGAUUAUUUUUGAACAAUAAAACAUAAUAGCAAAUUCUGUAC